CUGCAGAGUGUUGUCGGCAUGUGGAGAGAUGAUUAACUCGUCCACGAUCUCAGCAUCCGCCGCCACAUGUCGCAGCGAACUUCUGCAAGAAACGGGAGCUCAGGACUGGCGGGAACAUCGACAUGGUCAUCGAUGCCUAUAGAAAUCCGCAACACCAUAGAAAAUGCUGUCGCGUUGCGGGCCUUUGAGAAAGAGAAAAUGUUUUUAGUUCUAUCUGGCCGAUAUUUACGGCAUCGGCAUGGCAAAGUCAAUAGCAUGGCGAGAGGUCAGGGCGCUGGGACGUCGCUGUCGCCAGUCUCGUGGAGUUCAACUGUAGCUCUGCUACUAGCCUGGUAUAAAUUCACGCAAAGGAUUAGUCUUAUAUCUAAAACAAUAUUUGUAAAUAAUUUAAAACAAGAUGUAUGAAUAUUUUCUGUGUAAUAAGAGAAUUAUAAAUUCAUUUAAUUCAAAAUAUUUAAUUAAAUACUUUUGAUAACGAAGCAAACAGCGGCAACAUCUGUUACUUCAGCGACCAACUACGAUCGUUAUACUACAGUUUAAAGUCUUUAUACUUCUGCGCAUCUUGUUGUGAAUAAAGUAGUGAGGCAUUUUUGCACAUUCUCUCCUUUACCUAAUACUCCUUAAGGUUUUCUAGUCUAUAUUAAAAUGUAGAUCUAAUCAAGUCGCAAAUAUUGCAUGUAUCACCUUAUACUACCAAAUCGCAAAUCUGUGAAAAAAAAAAGAUUAUUUUCAAGUCCAAUAGCAAAGUGAGAGUGCAACCAAUUGAUUCUUUUACAAUUUAUUUGCUCGUAAAACCUUUAAGAGUGCGGUUCGAGAAAUAAGUCUGUUUUAUUCAUCGCGAACAAUUCUUUUUUAUCUGUGUGAUAAAAGCCUGUGCGGAAUCUUUUGUUUUACGUUCCGCAGAGCAAAGCGGAGAACCGCCUUUGUAAAUAUGCACGGCCCGCACCGGCACCUAGUUUGUUUCCUAUAUUUAGUUUCUUUUGAGUAUUUCUUUUUACACACUCAGCCCACCUUUUUACCUACGCUACAAAUUCUUGAAAAACAUUCAUUUGCAAUUUUUGUUAUGUUUAAAUUUGGAACGGUGUUGGAUCUUAAAAGAUCGAUAUUUCCUAUGUUCUGACUAUAUAUUGCUGUUUUGUUGUAAUAUUAAAUGUUAGUGUUAGACAUUCGCGUUACUAAUUUAUGCUAAGCUAGCGUGAGUAUAAAGAAUAUUACAACCCCAAGAGAAUUGUUCACGCGACAUUGGACGUAAGCAGAAGUUAUUUUUGGUUGCUGUUAUAUUUUUUACUGCAAAGGAUAAAUGGAGAAUCUUAAAUGGUUAAGAAUUCAACUUGUUACAAGAUAUUUUGAUAUCAGUGAGUAUAUUAUGUUUAUAGGUGUACAAUAAAACAACUACUAACAAGACGAAACAAAUAUCAAAGUAGUUUUGACAAUAAGAAUAUAAAAUAUUAAUAUAAUUGUAAUACAAAGCUUAAGAACAGCGUAUUCGCUACGUUUGGAAAGAUAUUAUUGUGGCCGCAGUAAAGAUGUCGAGUUUUGUGUAUCAAAUAGAGCGGCGCGGCGUUUGUUGCCGCAAGCCGCAGGCAACAUGGUAACUACCCUCUCAUUCAGAUCACUUUGCUCUUGAGGCCGCGACUUUGCAAAGACCGAAGCUGUUAUUUUAGUACAAAUAUUAUAUAC